UAUUGAGCGGCCCCUGUUGUAUUUCCCGAGCUCCAUUGCGGAAGCCGAGGCUCGCCAUAUUGUGCGGCGGCGCCGGCGGUUGAUCCUCGAGUCUCGCUCCGGCCGCGGCCAACGGAGCCCCGGGUUGGGGCAGAAGCCGCAAUGUCUCAGGCUGUGCAGACAAAUGGAACUCAACCAUUAAGCAAAACAUGGGAACUCAGUUUGUACGAAUUACAACGAACACCUCAGGAGGCAAUAACAGAUGGCUUGGAAAUUGUGGUCUCACCUAGAAGUCUACACAGUGAAUUAAUGUGCCCAAUUUGUUUGGAUAUGUUGAAGAACACCAUGACUACAAAGGAGUGUUUGCAUCGGUUCUGUGCGGAUUGCAUUAUCACAGCCCUUAGAAGUGGCAACAAAGAAUGCCCUACCUGUCGGAAAAAAUUAGUUUCUAAAAGAUCACUAAGGCCAGACCCAAAUUUUGAUGCACUCAUCAGCAAAAUUUAUCCGAGUCGUGAUGAGUAUGAAGCUCAUCAAGAGAGAGUGUUAGCCAGGAUCAACAAGCACAAUAACCAGCAGGCACUCAGCCACAGCAUUGAGGAAGGGCUGAAGAUACAGGCCAUGAACAGAUUACAGCGAGGCAAGAAGCAACAGAUUGAAAACGGCAGUGGAGCAGAAGAUAAUGGUGACAGUUCACACUGUAGUAAUGCAUCCACACAUAGCAAUCAGGAAGCAGGACCUAGUAACAAACGGACCAAAACAUCUGAUGACUCUGGGCUUGAACUUGAUAAUAACAAUGCAACAGUGGCCAUUGAUCCAGUAAUGGAUGGUGCUAGUGAAAUCGAACUAGUAUUCAGGCCCCACCCAACACUGAUGGAAAAGGAUGACAGUGCACAGACAAGAUACAUAAAGACUUCAGGCAAUGCUACUGUUGAUCACUUAUCCAAAUAUCUGGCUGUGAGGUUAGCUUUGGAAGAACUUAGAAGCAAAGGAGAAUCAAACCAGAUGAACCUCGAUACGGCCAGUGAGAAGCAGUACACCAUUUAUAUAGCGACAGCCAGUGGCCAGUUCACUGUAUUAAAUGGCUCCUUUUCUUUGGAAUUGGUCAGUGAGAAAUACUGGAAGGUGAACAAACCCAUGGAACUUUAUUAUGCACCCACCAAGGAGCACAAAUAAGCUUUUAAAAAUCAAUUCUGAGACUGAACUUUUUAUAGCCUAUUUCUUUAAUAUAAAGAUGCACCAUCAUUACUUUCACGGACAGAUCUGGGAUAUGUUCAGUUUUCCUUCUGAGCCAGACUUGUUUACACUAUGAGGUUCAUUUUCCCUUAUUUAAGAAGACUCUAGUAAUUCAGUCUCCCUGCCCCUUUAUAGUAUAAAUAAGUUAUGUUCCACAGAACGUUUGGUUCCUUUCAGGAGGACACUUUGACCUAGGAGUUUUUUGUAGGUCUGUAUUUUUUUCCUUUUCUUCCCCCUUCCAGUUUUUGAUCUUUUGAGACAAGGUCUCAUUAUCCCUGGCUAGCCUGGAACUUGAUGAGUAGUCCAGGGUGGCCUUGAAUUUGGAGCGACACUCCUGCCCAAAUACUGGGAUUAUAGGCGUGAUUACCACACCUGGCUUAAGAUUCAGCUGGCCAUCAGCCAUCCUUUUCCCUUUCAAAAGUUUUGUAGCCUAAAGAAUGUUAGACAAUAUGUAUUCUGACUUUUUCCCUUGGAGUCUUGUAUAUUUAUAGUUUUCUAUAUAAACUAGUAUCUUCACGAAGACCAAGGCUCAAAUUUACUGUGCUUAAACAAUUCUCAUAGGAUUAUUAUUUUCAUGGUAUUUUCUUACAUAGUAUCUCAUUUAAAAAGAAGUUCUUUAUGAACUUGGUGUCCAUUGUCAUGCAAUGUUUUUGGUUUUUUUGUUCCCCUCCCCCCCUUUAUGUGUUUUUUUUUAUAAGUUUAGAAUUUCUGGUCAUGGGAAGAGAAUCAACAGAGUUCUUUGAGAACAUGGUUCUUUUACAGAUUUCACCGAAGAAAGAAAAGUUUAAAUUGGUCAUAAAAUGUAUUCCUCAGUUGUACAUUUAAGAAUUCUUUUCUUCUAUAUUACUUUUACUGUUCAGUUUCUUUAUUAUAAAUGUUUGAUGCUUUUCCCUAUUAAAAUACCAGAGAUAUGGAGAUAUUUUGCACUUUAAACUUGAUGAAAAGUACAAGAUAUGUUCAAAGCGUCCUCUAAUUCUUAUUACUUCAAGAAUAACAUGACACAUAGAGCUAAAAAUGAAACAGAAAGGUUGCUUCUGUUUGAAGAGUUUUUUUAUUUUGAGCUGCCCUGUGUUUAUAAACUUAGGGCUCUGCUGAUUCCACUCUGUAGAAGCAGGCUAACCGAGCGCAAUCAUUGCUUCCAUACUGAGACAGUUCUGUAGAACGUCAGCCAGUUGGUAGUCAUUCUCAUAUUCUUAGUUUUGUAUUGAGACAGUGUUGAUAGUUUGGGAGCCACAAGGCUUUAUGCUGACCAGUCAGAAAUAAUAUUGACUUAAGUUUUAUUUUUCACUUCUGUCCUGAUUCUCUAUAUGUCUCCAAGUUUAUAUUCUCACAGUAUUUACAGAAGACAUGUUUGCAUUGAAAAAUUUAACCCUUACAAAAGGGUUUUGAUAGGAGGAAGUAGACCUCCAAGUACCAUUGUAACUAAGUUUGUCCAGUCAUUAUAAAUAUUUAUCUGUCUGUUUUGACAGAUUGGGGCCAGCUUGAUGUUUUAACUUGAGCCAAGUAUGAAAACUUAAAGGCUUACUCAAUUUUUUACCAUUUUACUGAAAAAAUUUGAAAUCUGUUUUUACAGUUUUUUUGGUAAUCUGUGCCAUAAGAUUUGAAAACCACCAAAAUUAUAAGAACUUUUAUAUCCAAUUCCUCUUCUGGGGUAAUGUUAAGUUGUAUAGAUUAUUAUGCAUGUUUGCUGGAUAUAACCCUUGUUUUGUGAUGUAAUUGCUUAGAUUUUGUUGUUAACAUUAGAUUAGUGGUUGUAUUAAAUAAAUUCUCAAUGUGGUUAUUAAUUGAAAUUUUAUCUUUAAACAGAAAGUUAUUUGUGAGGGAGUUUGUGCUUAGAGAAUGUAUGUGUUUUUAUCUGUCAGUGUGGAAGCACAUAAACUUUGCAUCAUUUAGUGAAGUUAGUACAUGUGUACUCCUUUGUCAAAUACAUAGGUAAUGGUAGAACAUUGAGUGCAUUGUGCAUGCAGUGUGUGUGUGUGUGCAUGCUUGUUGCGUGGGGGGUGGAGUCUAGAUUUGGGAGAAGAAAUACUGUUGGCUCCGAUUAACCAACCUCGGUUUCACAGGAUUUUGCAGCUCACUCCAAUAAUCACGGAUAUAACCAAGUCUACAGAUGACACUCGUUGGGCAGGAUUGGUUAGCUGUUGUUGCUCAGCUGUCCUUGAACUCCAGGGCUCAAAUUAGUCUCGUGCUUCAGUCUCUUGAGUAAUGGGACGAUAAGUGUAGACAUUACUCAUUUUAACCUUUUUUCCUCUUGGGAGUGGGUUGGAGUUCAGUGGUUGUAUGUACAAAUACACUGUUAUGUACAUUUAUACUGUUAAAUUAGAAUUACUUGUAUUUCCAAAACUUUUUAUCUUCCCAAACUGUACAUACAAAUAAUUUUUAUAAACUCCUCUGCCCAUCUCUUGAUCACUUCUGUUCUAGGGUUUGGUCUAUUUGUUUGUUUGUUUUUAGAAUUUGACUAUUUUAUGUACAUCAUAGAAAUAUAAUUUGUAGUGUUUUCAGAAUCCUUCAAAUUAUGAGGAUAUACCAAUUUGAAUUUUUAGUACUGAAUGGCAUAUGUAUAUACAUUUUGCAUAUUCAUUUAUUUUUAGUAGGUUGGUGGGCAUGUUUUACUAGAUGGGCAUGUAUUACUAUUCUAAUACUGAAAUGAACGUUAUGAAACACUUAAGCUCCUGAUUUCUAUUUUGGGUACAAAUAGGAAUGGCAUUAUUAGAUCAUACUGUAACUCUUUGUUUUUAAUCUCUGAAAUUUCAAACAGUUUUCCACAGUGGCUCUCCACACUGUUUUACAUCCCUGCUGAUAAUGAAUAAGGUUCCAGUUUUCUCACUAUUUCCACAGCAUGUUAUUUUCUUUUUCCUAGAAAUUAUAUGUGUAAUAUGCCUGCAUUUAUGUCUGUGUCCUACUUGUAUGCCUCAGCCACAGAAUUCAGAGCACUUCUCUGAAGUCAGUUUUCUUCUACCAUGUGUGUUUUUGGAUCAGGCUCAGGUCAUCAAGCUUGGCAGCAAGUGCCAUUACCUGUUGAACCAUCUUGCCAGCCUUGUUUUUUGAGAAGGGGUUUUGAUAGCUCUGGCUGUCCUAGAGCUUGCUUGUAGCCAUAGAUGUCCUCAAGCUUGUGCCCACCUUCCUGACUCUGGCCUCUUGAGUAUUACAGGCAUGUGCCACCAUGUGUGGCUCUCACUCUGAAUUUAGUAUAUGGCAAAAGGUCUGGGCCCAUCCUUCAUUUAUUUCAUGUAAACAUCUAGUUUUCUUAACUACAGAAUAAUAAGUUUUUUAGUGAAUUGUUGUGGAACUUUUGUUUAAAAUCAGUUGCU